UCCGUCGAUCAAGUUCGGUAACUCGCGGCAUGUUCACAAGUGCUCUUUGCUUUAACAACUAAAACUGAAAAAGAGCUUCCCUGACCCAUAAUAAUUCAAAAUGCAGUAUGAUUUCAGAGACGAGAAGCAAGCUCAAGAGUACCUAAAAACUCUCGACAUUGAAUACAGAUUUCAGUGUUACAAGGAAAAGAAACCCGAAGGAUGUCAGCGUCUUGCUGAUUUCCUGGACAGCAUCAGGAAGGACUUUAUGCAGGCUGCCACUGUAUACAAAGCAAACUGUGAGGACAGCAACUAUGGCCUCAGCUGUUACAAGUACGCCAACUAUAACAUCAUGGGGAAAGGUAUGGAGAAGAAUGAGAAAGAGGCAAUGAAGUAUUACAGUAAAGCUUGUGAGCUCGACCAUAUGCCAGCAUGUCACAGCGUCGGCCUGAUUCACGGUAGCAAGAAGAUCUGCCCCCCGGAUGACAUGGGGGCUGCAUUGAAGAUGUUUAUGAAGGCAUGUGACAAAGACUUCGUUCCCAGCUGCUACUACAUCAGCGGCAUGUACAUCAGGGGCAGUGACAAGGUGCCCAAGGACAUGAAGAAGGCCUCAGACUUCUCCAAGAAGGCAUGCGAAAUGGGUCACCUGUACGCAUGUUCCAACCUCAGUCAGAUGUACAGGAAGGGAGAGGGAGUGGAGAAGAGCACCAGUUUGGCAGACAAAUUCGAGGAGAUGGCGAAGGAGAUACGAGAUGGUCAAACUCGAAAGGAAAGAACUAUAAAGUUUGGUGAAUAGGAGUGUAGUUCAUAUUAAACAUAGCUCAUGAGACAUUACAUACCUUUAAUAUUCUGUGUGAUUUGUGUGAUUUUUAGUGUACUUGACCAAUCAAAAGCGAUUGUUUGGAGUGGAUGAAAAAUCAGAAGAUUGUAGGUAUUUGAGAGACAUUUACAUAUCUAUUUUUAUUAGGUGUUUCGUAAUCAUUUGUCAUGGAAAAUACAUAAAUCAAGUGUGAAAGGUGAGUUGAUAUUUAAAGUUCCAUUUACAAUAUUUCAUCCAUGUCUAUUGAGACAGUUGGAUGCUCUCUGUUCAACAUGUUUGUAUUGCAUAUCUGAUGACAGGAUUGUAUUAAUAUCUACUGGAGAAGGUUCAUAAAACAAGCACUGAGCUGUCGGCCACAUGUGGUAUACUUGUGCUGCCUGUUGAGAUGCACUCCUUUGUUGCUAGGGUCAUCUAACAUUGGGUUUGAAUUUUAGCACACAAACCAUCAUCCUCAGUCAGACUGUAACAUCAAAUUAUUGAGGGUAUGUCAGGCAAAGGGUUCCAUUGUUACAUACUCCAUGAAAUUAGAGACUUGACAUUCACAUUAUUGAUAAUAAUUUUGAGAGAGGUAAUUCAAUUUAGUUUUUUGUUGUGCCAUACAUAUGGUAAUGACAAGCAAGCUAUUUUAAUGUGUUUGGCGACUGACAUGAAAAAUUUGGUCUAUAAGACUGGAAAAUGUGUGACAGACAAUAAUCACAUGUAGCAUGUCACAUGAUCCCCUAAGCAAUCACACAUGCAUUGGAAUGCAUGCUCACAGACAUUGCUCACAGGAAAAUACAUCAAAAUUGCAAGUAUAAACCAAAAGUGAGAUGGCAGCGUGUGCCACUGGUAGGCCUAAUGCUUGACAGUUUGAAGCAGCAGUCAUCAGACAAUACAUGGUUGAAGAUCACACAAUGCCUAGGGCAAUACAUGGGACAUUACACAAAAAUGAUGUUCAAAUCAGGUUAGGUCAUCUCUGCCACAGAUUUGUGACUGCAGUCUGCAGAAGGAGACAGUUGUUCAGAGGAAGGGUGUCAGCUCAGACCAUCAAGAUAUUGAGUGCGCACAGCAGGUAUCCAGCUAGGCGACCAUUGGGGGAUCAUGUAAUGUCAUGAUUUAUCUUGCCAAUAGAAUGAUGCCACAAUCCACUUUUUAUCAUCUGUGUUGUUACCUUGAUGGAAGCAGAAUGAUAAACAUAUUCUUACAUAAUAACUAAUAUGCAGCGUCCAUCGUGCCAAAGUUGUGUCAAGUUUAUAAGUUGGUUGGGUAUAUUUCAAGUCACCCUCAGUGUAUGUUUCUAGAGACCCAGGUGGCCCAAUCAUCUAAUACCCUGUUCACAUGCACAACACUUUGUCAAAUAAAUACUUUAGCACAUAUGUAACAAUUCAUUUGUUUUUAUGUAAACUAAGGUGUGAAUAUGGCACAUACAUGAUGCAAGGCUAAUAUGCUGUCUAUAAAAUGUCAUUUUCCAGUCAAUUUAAUGAUAACAAUAAUAGUCCAUUUAUCAUGCACGUUGCAAGAUGUCUGCAUAAAUGUUGUUUAUGGUUUCAAUAUAUUUUCCUUUCUGAGUAAAUCUGAAUGAGUUAAAAAGCAAUAACUGCUUAUGUAAAAACCUCUCCAGGCAUUGUUUACAUGGUAAAGGAUGUAUAUACAGAAAUAUACAAUGCCAGUACUUGUGUAUCUGGAAGUCAGUGGUGUCUGUUGAAAAAUACAAUAGUGCAAUCAUCUUUUCUAUAUGAAUUUAAAAAUUGCUCAAAUUCUUUUCUUUUGACAACAAAAAAUCUGCACUUGAUUUGCUUGAUCUGAGCUGUCAGAUACUGAUGAAGCAGAGUUGAAAUUCGAUUGAAAAGAUUUUAAUGAGUUAAAGUUACUAAUUUGACAGUCAUGACAGUUUAUUGUCAUUUUCAGUGUCCAAGUCUUAUGUUUGGCCUUCUGUGUUGUGAAAUGAUUGAAGGGUGUCAAUGUUAGUAUAACUACUUACUGAAAUAUUGCUAUGAAAUAUUGAUUUAAGAUCAUAUGAAUGUAUGUACAAGUGCAUAGUAUUUCUGAUAUUAUCAAAUAUUAUGACAAGAAAAGAAAAACCUAGUUGCAUCCUCCAAGGCAUUCCUGCAAGUGUAGUCUGGUCAGUCAUGGCAUCUAACCUCAUCUAAGUCUCUGCAGUCACGUCCAGAUUAUUGAUAAUUAUAUCAGAACAAUUACUUAAGGAUUUUAAAUUGUUUUAGUGAACAUGCAUUAGUUGCUUUGUCAGGUAGACUGUUCCACAGGUUAAAGGUAUCUGGAGAAAUAAUUUUUCACAAGGCUGGGAUUCUACAUUUUAUUGUUUGCAAGUUUGAUCUAUUUCUCAGGUUCUAAUGGCUAUUUUCAUACACUUGAUUAGAUAUGAGAUCGUUGACAUAUUCAGGUGAUAAACCAUUUCUCAUAUUGUAAAAUGCAUUUAUUUGAAAUCUUUGUUCUUUUAAAGAAUGAAAUUUGUUGUUAUAAAUUUGGCAUGACUAUUACCAUAAACUGCCCCACAUGGAGUUGUCAUGAUGGCAAAUGCAAAUUGUCUUAAAAAUAAUUAUCUCCCGCCAGAAAGUGGGAGGGGGAUAUAAGUUUGAGCUCUGUCCGUCCGUCUGAGAUGAUGGGGUCAGAUUUUCUCAAAAAAAGUUAUAGAUAGGGAAACCAAAUUUGUUUUACGGAGAGGGUGUUCUAAGUUGUAUAACUUGUACCCAAUCCUUUUCUCAUGAAUAAAAUAUGUUUAAAACAAAAUAAAUUUGUUAUGUGAUUUCAGGACAUGGAUGCCUUGAUGGAGUUCGAAAAUUGAAACUGUGUUACAAUGUGUUACAGAGUUCUGGCCCUUGUCAUGCAUUUCUUGACUUAGUGCAUGUUAUCCCCAAUCGGGAUAGAUUUUCUCAGAAACCAUGAUAGAUAGGAAAACCAAAUUUAUUUUGUGUUUUCAGGACAUGAAUGUCUUGAUGGUGUUCGAAAACAGAAACUGUGUUAGGAUUCUUUACAGAGUUAUGACCUUGUCAUGCAUUUCUUGACUUAGUGCACAUUAUCCCCAGUGGGAACAGAUUUUCUCAUUUAACUUACGUAGCGUUUUUUGUAGGAAGAAUGAAAAGUUGUCAAAACAGGAACAGAACACUGUGGUGGGGAUAUUGAUGACCAAGUAUGGUAACAGUAGUCGAAGAUAAGGAGAACAGAUGUUGACAAAAUAUCAAGCAUAUUUCUAGUCAGUCUGCACUUAAAGCUCCUUGAUUAUUGUACUAACUUUUCUAAUAGUUUUGUUGAUUUGUAUUUUCCAUGAACAAUCAUUGGAAGUGUAAUACUUAAAUGUUAAGGACAUCGUACUUCAUUAUAAGAGUAUCCGUCAUGUAUUAAUUUGGUCCAACACCAGGUAAACAGUUGUUAAUGCUGUAUCCUGAACAAGACAACUUCAAAAUUUGUGUAAAUUUGCAUGUGCAUCUGCUGCAGACAUGGUGCAGAUUGAUAUACACGAAUAAACUACUUGACAAGUUUACUUAUGAGUAUAUUCAUGCAUGUAUGCAAAUAUACGUAAAGAGACAUAUGAACAGGUAAUAGGCCCAGCAAAUGUCUGUGCAGGAUUGUGUCACUUGGGUACGCCAUAUCUGAAUGAAUGUGGUUUGACUCCCAGUUUGCACUGAUUACGAUUCCUAGGUUCGUCAUCACCAUUACCCAACACCUGCAUCAUUCCCCUGGCUUCUCUUUCCCCCCAUCAAACUAACAGGCAGUUAUAAAUAUUGUUCAAAGCUGCUUAAACCCAACUCAUUAUAUGUUUUUCUUACUUUUACCUAUAGUGGUACAUACCUCAAGUUUGUUUAUUUCACAUUUAAGUUACGAAAACAAGAGUUGAUGUCAUUAUUUCCCAAUUGUUUUUAAGAAGCAAUUUUGGCUGUGAGCUGGGAUUAGUAAUAUUAUUUAUUUGUAACCUGUUUGAAGAAAAGUGAGAAAUGCAAAAUAUACAUGUUAGUUUUCAUUAUCCAAGGUAAAGCAUGGAAUAAUUGUGUGAAUAGAUGUGAAAGAUUUGUGUGUUGUUGAUUGAUUGUAUUAUAUAAAGUUGUUUUA